CAGGAAGGAAAAUUAAACUUUACAAGAAAACGAAUGGACGAUCCCCCCACAGAUGGUAACGAAAAGUAAUCCAGAUGGGGUGCAGGUGCUGUAAAAUGAUACAAAGUUAUUUCUUUGAUCCAGUUCAUGCGCCACCUGCUGGUUAUAUCAAUGAAGUAAAUAAUUACAAGCUUGAGGAAGAAGAUGGCAUCAAAGUGAAGGGCAAAGAGAACAAUGAAAUACUGGUACAGAAAAAUGACCUUCAGAAUGAGGAGCUAAAGAGGACCGAGACCAAAAACAGACUGAAUAGCACUCAGGAGCCUUUUUGGCAUCACCGAGGACCUCCCACCCCGGAGGAUCAUGGAGGUAACUCUGUGGCAAAGACUGAUCCCCCUCUCAAUGGAAUUGGUCCCAGUCCUGCUCUGUCCCCCAGUGUAAAUGCCAGUCUCGGCCACGGAAAAGAAAUCACUCCAGAGGAGAGUGGCAGGGGAUCUCUGGCCAGUACUUCAAGUGAGGGGGAUCCCGUUGAACAGUUUGUUAAAGAAAGUGACCCAGGGGGAAAAGAUCAUAAGCAUCGAGCUCCAGAGGAGACUCGAGUCUCCCCAAAUGGAGAUUCCCAAGCUUCGGGAGAAAACGCAACCUCCCCAGGAAGUACCCCUACAUUGGAAGUCCAAAAUCACCUCCUACAGCUACCAGUCCCUGACUAUCCGCAAGUGCAAGUGAUAAACCAGAUUGGUGAUGAAAAUGAUUGUUUUCUGAGCAAUCACAUCCAGGUUGAGCCAAUGGACAGAGUGGAUUAUGCCGGUGGGGAUCCCAUGUCGAACCUGUCUUUUUCUAAAAGGAGAAGCUGGGAUUCAUUCAACGAAGCCAUUAAAACGGAGGCCUUAACGAUGAACUUUAAUGAGGAUGUAUCUGAACAAGACACUGAUUGGGGGCCUGAGCUGGAGGAUGCUGCUGUGGCGGAAGCUCUGGCAGCCCUAGAAGCUGCCACUGCAGGGGAAGAUGGGGAAGAGGGGGACUAGAAGGACAGGGUUACCUCAGAGAUUCUUUUCUCUUUGUUAUCUAUUGGGCCAAAUCCUUCAGGUAAGUAAGCUACUGCCUGGAUGUAAGUUGAACAUUUGGGGAGUGCAUUAGUUCCUUUGGACAAAGAGUCUAUCAUUUCAGGUCAUUCAAAUUAUAAUGGAUUAAAUCAAACUGGACCAGCUUGAAGCUGAUGGUGAUAUCAAGUACAGAAGGAGAGUCAACAAAUUUAUCUCAGCACUUAGCCCCGUGCCUGGCACAUAGUGGUGCUUAAUAAAUACUAGUUGACCAACUGACUGACUGACUGACUGACUGACUGAUUCCCAACUCCCAGCUUAGGCACAUUUCCAGUAAAGUGAAAAGGAUCUGUGGCAAAGAUGCUCUUUAAAAAACAACGAAAUCUCAGCCCCUUCUCUCCCUCCCACGAAAAGCACAACAGAGUCUCAUCAACUAUCAAAUGUCAGCCUGGUCUCUGUUGGGCCAAAGCCAGGUCAGCCUCUUCAAAAUUAUAUCCUCAUAAUCUAAAGGAGCUAAUGCAUCCCUUGGAAGUAUCUAAUGUAUAUCCAGAGCAUGGCUUACUACCAGGUAGGAAUUGGGUCCAUAAGUAAUCAUUUAUGAUGUGUUGAACUAGUUCAAUUGAACAGACUUGGAGGUAAAGCAGAAUUAACCUGUGAAUAAAUGAUUAGCCCUCAGUUGGGUGAUUUCAGA